UUCGAUUGUAUUUGAUCAACAUCUCAUCAUGACCAUGGCUCCCUCCGCGACCGCUCCUGAAACCACCACCCCCGAGGCCAGCACCGGCCCUCAGACACAAGUCACCCUGUGGGGAAAGGUGAUUGCUAUCACCGGCGCCAACCGCGGAAUCGGCCUGGGUAUCGCCGAAUCCUGCCUGUCCAAUGGCGCCGCCAAGGUCUACUCCAUUGAUAUCGGCGAGACCGGCGAGGACUUCGCUGCCCUGGCUAAGCAGUACCCCGGGCAGAUCUUUGCCAUCAAUGCAAAUGUCACAGAAGAGGCCACCAUCACCGCUGCGAUUGACCGGAUUAUCGAGGAGGCCGGCGCCCUCCACGGUAUGGUAGUCAACGCCGGCCGGACCCACCACAAGGCUGCUCUCGACUUCACCAAGGAGGAAAUUGAGACUCUCUUCAAUGUCAACCUCUUCGGUGCCUUUUAUACCGCCCGCGCGGCAGCACGGGCUUUCAUCAAGCUCGGUAUCAAGGGAUCGGUUGUCUUCACGGCAUCGAUGGCCUCAUACCGACCUAACAAGCGCGUCCCAUCCACCCCCUACGGCGCCUCCAAAGCCGGCGUCCGCAACAUGACCCACACACUGGCAAUGGAGUGGGCGCAAUACGGCAUCCGCGUCAACAGUGUAUCGCCCGGCUUGGUCAACACCGCUAUGACUUACUGGGUACCUCAGCAGCCGGACUGGGAGCAACAGCUCAAGUAUUAUGGGGGGUUCCCGCGGUUGGCUGAGGUGCAGGAGUUGGGUGGUGCGUAUGUGUAUCUGCUCAGUGAUGCCGCGAGCUAUACCACUUCGAUUGAUAUUCCGGUCAAUGGGGUGAUUGGCAUUUGUUAAAUGGUGUAAAAGGUGUAAUGACAGUUUCUUAUUAUAGAGUUAUGUCAAGU